ACACAUAUGUUUGUGUCUCAAGAGUGGAGGCGAUAUAUAACGGGCCGCAUGUCAUCCUGAACAACCGUAUGUGAUCUUACUGUACAGCCAUGACAAAAGCUGCCCUGACAAAACUUCUCCUCCUCGUGAUCCUCGCUUUCAUCAUCUGCCUCCCAGAGUUCUUCACUUUACACAGAGUGUUAAAAGUGAAUUUCAAAUGCAAGCCCUGCGAACAAGGGAACCAGGUGGAGAAAAGGGAAGAUGGAAGGCCUGGAAACGCUGAAGAUAAGAGGACGGAUAUUUGUGAUCCGCCUCCGACUCCAGAUCAUGUAAACCGGAGGCAGAUCUGCACACCGGAGAACGAAAGCAUCUUAACAGAGUUAGUAUCAGGAGAUGGGGAAGGAGGAGAUAAACCAAAAAUGAGCUGGUUCAUGUGUGAAACAGACAAGGACAUGACAGAAUUAUACAGCAACGUCUCAUCUUCAGAUCACAAUUUGCUUCUGAAGGUUUCAGUUGAGUUUCAGCUCAACAGUACAGAGUACUCGAAUCUGACUUUGUACGGCCACGGUAAUCACAGUUCCUUGCACCUCCACCCACCUGAAGAUGAGGAGCGUGAAAUGGGCGACGAUGAUGAUGAUGAUGAUGAUGACAGCCAGAGGGAAGCGUUCUUCUGCUGUCUUCCUCUUCUGCCCGCAGCUACAUCAUCCAAUCGAAGCCAGUGUCUCCUUUGGCUCGCCAAUCAAACACUUUUGACAGCAACACUAAAGGAAAAGCUGCCAUGGAAACUAACAGACAAAGAUGAGUGGCUGUGCAUGUUUAGAGUGGCCUGGCUCGCCCUGCUGUGUGUGGUGUUUCUGGCUAUAGUUACAACUGUGAUUGGACAAAUCUACCGGGAGAAAAAGUUGUGCAAAAAGCCCAAGGUGCGCCCCGCUGUUUAUGACAUCAACCGUCAGCUGUUAAAAGAUGGUGAGAAGCAAACCAACGUCGUCUCUUUGAAGGGGACAACCCUGGAACUCUACGAGAGUCAAGCUCAGUCAGAACUCUCAAUAAUUCAAGAAGUUGAAAGUGACGUAGAAACUGUGCUGGAUGGAAUCCCCGACCACUGCUACACUGGUAAAGUCAAUGUUUGUGCAUACAAAUACCACAAAAACACAUUUUAGUUUCCCCUUUUUUCCUCUCCAUAUUCUGGUCUCUCCUUACAAACCACAGCGAAAACACAUUUCUGUUUUUCUAUAAACAAAUACAUUUGUUAAAAUGAGUUUAGUCUAUUUUCAACCUCUAAUAAAAAAUAACAAGAGGAAUUUUCCUCGUUUACAUAUAUUUCUCCUGUCCUGCCUUUUUACAUGUAAACAUUGCUGGAUAGGUUAUCUUACAGUAUUUUAUUCUGCCUGUUGGUCAGUUUAACAGAUUGAAACUACAAGUUUAUGUAUCUUGUUAUAUGCGUUUUAAAAUGUGCAUUCUUGUGUUUUGCUUUAGUCAGACAAAACCAAACA